GGUGACCAGGGCGUCUCGGAGGGGCGGAGCGCAAGCCGCUCCUUAAGCCCUGUGACGCGCGCCGUGGCGAGUCGCCGCUCGUGCCUGAGGCGCCGUGAGGAGUUGAAGGACCCUCUGAAGACUCUCCCUGGAUCUGGGGUUAAAAUCUGUAUUCUGGUGUGAACCGUGGGAAGAAGGAAGAUUGGUCCCUGUCUCUGGCUGUGGAAGGACACGAUGUUUUCCAAACUAGCGCGCUUGCAGGCUGUCGCCGGGCUCCGCAGAGGAGUUCAUUCUUCACUGGCCUCUGCCACGUCUGUCGCCGCUAAAAAGACUGUCCAGGGCCCGCCAUCCUCGGAGUACAUCUUUGAGCGAGAGUCCAAGUACGGCGCACACAACUACCACCCCCUGCCCGUGGCCCUGGAGCGAGGGAAGGGUAUCUAUGUGUGGGAUGUGGAAGGCAGAAAAUACUUUGACUUCCUGAGUGCUUACAGUGCUGUCAACCAAGGGCACUGUCACCCCAAGAUCGUGAGCGCCCUGAAGAUGCAGGCGGACAAGCUGACCUUGACGUCCAGGGCUUUCUAUAACGACGUCCUUGGUGAAUAUGAGGAGUACGUAACAAAGCUCUUCAACUACCACAAAGUUCUUCCCAUGAACACAGGGGUGGAGGCUGGAGAGACUGCCUGUAAGAUUGCUCGUCGCUGGGGCUACACGGUGAAGGGGAUUCAGAAGUACAAAGCCAAAAUUGUCUUCGCAGCUGGAAACUUCUGGGGUCGGACACUGUCCGCCAUCUCUGCCUCCACGGACCCCACCAGUUACGAUGGCUUUGGGCCGUUCAUGCCGGGCUUUGAGGUCAUUCCCUACAACGACCUGCCUGCGCUUGAGCGUGCCCUGCAGGACCCUAAUGUUGCCGCAUUCAUGGUAGAGCCCAUUCAGGGCGAAGCAGGUGUCGUGGUUCCGGACCCAGGUUACCUGGUGGGCGUGCGGGAGCUGUGCACCAGGCACCAGGUGCUGUUUAUUGCUGAUGAAAUCCAGACAGGACUGGCCAGAACCGGUCGGUGGCUGGCUGUGGACUACGAAGAUGUGAGGCCCGACAUUGUGCUCCUGGGGAAGGCCCUGUCUGGUGGCUUAUACCCUGUGUCUGCGGUGCUGUGCGACGAUGACAUCAUGCUGACCAUCAAGCCUGGGGAGCACGGCUCCACGUACGGGGGCAACCCGCUCGCCUGCCGCGUGGCCAUCGCAGCACUCGAGGUUUUGGAAGAAGAGAACCUUGCAGCCAAUGCGGACCAGAUGGGUGCCCUCCUGAGAAAUGAGCUCAUGAAGCUGCCUUCCGACAUCGUGACUGCCGUGAGAGGGAAGGGCUUACUGAAUGCCAUCGUUAUUAGAGACACUAAAGAUUAUGAUGCUUGGAAGGUGUGUCUGCGGCUUCGAGACAACGGGCUUCUGGCCAAGCCGACCCACGGUGACAUCAUCAGGCUUGCGCCGCCCCUGGUGAUCAAGGAGGACGAGAUUCAGGAGUCGGUGGAGAUCAUCAACAAUACCAUCCUGUCCUUCUGAGGUGCAGCGUGCCAUGCUGGCCCCGCAGCUGGCAGGGGCCAGGACGGCUGUGCCACGACGCCGGCGUGUUCCACUCCGUGUGUGCUCAAAGACUGCGGAAUGCGUGUGUUUUGGUGUGUUUUCUAAUUGGUAGGCUGACGU